UGAAGGAGGGAAAAAAAACCCAAUAACUUGGACUAAGUCACAUCGGAAACCCCUGAGAAGGAGACGCACUGAUCAUUGUUCUGCUGGCUCUCUCAAAGCGAAAAGAAUAUCACUUGAAUAGGGGGCGAAAAUACCACUCUCGCAUGUUCUUUUUAAUACGCUGCCUCCUACUUCUCCACAUCAUCAUGAUAUUCCCACUGACUUAUUCCAUCCAAGUUCUGUUCUCGAUUCCGGAAAACGUCUCUUGAACUUUUACGGCGGCGGCGGUUCGGCAGCCAAUUGAAAGUCGUUCAACGGCCUUUCCGCGCGGAACGUUAAGGGCGUUCCCCACGAACUGUUCCAUUCGAUUUGCCCCCCAGUGGUUCGGUGGUUCCUAUUAAGGAGAGAGCGUUAAAAAAAAUAAAAAAGAAAAAAAAAAGGGAAAAAGAAAAAAUCUCGCAGAUUGGCCACCGGACACUAGUGGCCUUAUAUUUGCCUGGAACGCUCUCCGGUGUCUUCUUACACCCUACCCUAUGUCCCCAUCCGAGCGGCCUUGAUAUACUUUAUCACACUGUGGCCUGCCACCAGUCAAGGCUACCACGCUCAACGCUGGGAGACAUAAGAGUCCACACAAUUCACCGCGUCGGAUUCUUCGAAUUAACACUCGGGAUCUCCUAUAUAUUCUCUUAGUGUUUUCGAAUCACUGCGAAACUAUGUUUGAGGACUUCUCUUUCUCAUCCCCCUCGUCCACCAAGCCGCCCCGCCUGGCCUUUGAUGGCGACGACAAUCUCAUGGUCGACUGCGACAGCAGCCUGAUCUCUCCUCUAUCCUCACGGUGUCCUUCGCCUCGGUCUACCGCGACACACCGGAUUCCGAGAGCGUUACCUCGCUCGCGGUCCUCCUACUUCCGUUCCGCUCAACCCCCCACCUCCGUUCCCUUGUCUGCGUAUGACGACCACCAGAAGCGUCUCUCGAUCAGUAUCUUGACAAGAAAACUGCAUGAACACACCAUCAAAACCUCAAACAAUGAGACGCAGAUCGGGAGACCCGCCACGCCGACGUCGCCCCAGUCCCUCGACAUGGCCACCCGAUUCCCGGGAUAUUUUCUGACCCCUCCAGACACAGACCACGAUGAUGAGGGUUCCCUGGACUCUCCGUCGCUCACCUCUGGUUCUCUCUCGCCCCAGCCUCAAUCCCCUUUUCUGAGUCCCACAUCCGUCCCGUGUGAUCUCUUCCCGCAAACCGCGGACAUGGACCCUCUAUCCCACACUCAGGAUAGCUGGAACGUCCGCGCCCAGCGCCAGAACAUCUCCCGUCUCCAAUGCAACCACUCAGAGUUAGAAGCCAUUCGCCGGGCCCUCGUCUCCGAUGACGAGAAGCUGACCACCACCUUCGACCCAGACGCCUGCCACCCCAGCUCCAUCCCCCCGCAAAAGUCCCCGCGCCGGAGAGCGGCCACUCUCCAACGGAGCCGGUUCCGCCCCCAAUUAGGCCCUAGCCUAUUGGACCCGCCCUCGUCCGACUCCAAGGGACGGCGAAUGAGCAGCUCCAUCCCCGUGCAGGCGUCUCGCAUCGAGAAGAGCUACCAUUCAUCUUCCCGGGAUCUGCGGAAGAAGAGCGAGCAGGGACUGCGACGGAAGAGUCUUGUCAGUGCUGCUUUGGCGUCGAUGGUGGAGAAGGAAUGUUAAAUCUGUUCUUGUUUUGGGUUUCUCUUUCUCUUUCUUUCUUUCCGAUGGAUAUAUUUAAACUUUCUUCAACUUAUUAUCUCUCUUUCUUCACUUCUUGUCAAUGUCGUUACUUGUACAUAUUAAGGUAGAUACCCUGAUUGUGUGAUUUUCGGUUUGGUUCAUAUCGGCGGUACGGAGGUAAAGGUUCUGGUGAAACGGUCCACAGCACAAUUGAUUCGGUUUUACAGGUAUAGACAAAUCUGAAUAUCAGGCUUAUUCCGG